AACAGCAGAGCAGAGUGUGACGGAGUGGAGAGCGCAGGAGAAAGCCAGGCUGGAGCUGCUGCCCUGGGAAGUCGGGAGUCUGUCAGAGUCAACGCAGAACUACGCCAUUUCACCACCAGCUUAGGGGAACUGCCAACCGAAGCCACAGAAUGGCGCUUGAUAUCUACGACUCUCAGUACCUUCUCAUCCUGGCCCCCUCCCUGGUCAUCGCCCUCAUGUUCCUUUUCUUCUGGCUCUUCAUGAAGGAAACCUCUUAUGAUGAAGUCCUCGCCCGGCAGAAACGAGACCUCAAGCUGCCAUCGGCCAAGCCAGACUCUCGUAAGAAGAACGAAAAGAAGAAAAGCAAGAGGAAGGAAGUUUCUGGUGGGGGAAGUGGUGGUGGUGGUGGAGGAGGAGAAUCUGAAGAGGACCUGCGGGAUUUUGACAUGUCUGAUGGUCUCAGCCCCAAUGUGGAGGCAGAGGAGGAACCUGAACCAUUGGUUACCCUGGACCCAUCGCCACCUGCACCUUCUGCUGAAAUCUCAGCCUCUUCAGAGGCUCCUUCUGGUUUAAGGGAACGGAAGAAAAAGGAGAAAAAGGCUGCCAAAGCUGCUGCUGCCGCUGCUGCUGCUGCUGCUGCUCUGGCGGCAGCCUCCCACUUAGAGGAGUCAGAAAUAAAUGACUCAAAGCCAGUCAACAACAAGAGAGAACCGUCUCCACUUGCUAGCAAACAAGUGAGCCCAACCUCUUUACAAAUGGAGAUGCAGGUUCAGGUCCAAGCUGUCCAGGCUCCCAUUCAAACUCAGACUCCUCCACAAACCUCUGGGAAGAAGAGAGACAGGAAGAAGCAGAAAGUGGAAUCAGCAGACAUACAGCAGCUUGAGGUGAAAGCCGAACAAGCUCCUGUCCCAAGCAAAAAGGAUGCUCCUGCUGUGGCUGAACCCAAAGUUCUGGAUGGUGUCAACCCAAGUGCUGCAACUGGAAAAAAGAAAAACUCUGCCAAAAAGCAGAAGACAGAGCAUGUGGAAGACACCCAUAUUUUGGCCGAUAUAACAGCUUCCACCAACCACCAAGAGACCCACAAUGAUGAUGUACCCUCUAAAACUUCUGGCAAGAAACAAAAGAAUGAGGCCGAUAAAGGGAAUGCAGAAGUGAAACUGAAGGAGCUGCUGUCUGCCCUGUCCAGCCUGGCUUUGUCAGAAGUUGAAGCUGUCAGUGUGAUUUCUCUCCUCCGAGAAAAGAGCCCCAAUGCCCUGGAUGCCUGGCACAAAUCCACAGCGAGGCCUGACCCAGCUGCCCAAGAACGGGAGAAACUUCUCGUUACCCUGCAGGAGGAAUCCUCCAUCGCCAAAGACAAAGUGAAGCAGCUCAGCCAGGAGCUUCAACACGAGAAGCAGAAAACUGGCAGAGUGGAGGCCAUGAUGAGAGAGCAGCGGGCAGCCAUGGAGAAGGAGCUGGGAGGCAUGCAAGCCAAAGCACAGGGCAGCUACCAGGAGUUGCAGAACAUGCAAAUAAAGUUUCAGCAGAUGAGGGAGCAGAUGGAGAGCCAGAUCACUCGACUGCAGCAGGAGAACGGGAUCCUGAGGGACGCAGUCAGCUCAGCCACCACUCAGAUGGAGAGCAAGAAUUCGGCAGAGCUGAACAAGCUGCGCUCAGAGUAUGCCGGUCUGAUGAAAGAGCUGGGAGAUACCAACAGCAAGCUACAGCAGGAGGAGCACCAAAGGAAGUCACUGGAGGUCAACUACAAGCAGAACGUGUCUCAGCUGGAGGCCCAAUUACAGGAUGCAAAGCGACGCUGGGAGGAGUUGCAAAACUUCCUCCAUAAUGUCAAUACUGAGAGAGAGAAGCUUCAGUCUUCUAACCAAGAGCUCCACAGCCAAUUUCUAGCCAUUGAGACGGAGAUGAACAACAAAAACAAGGAAAUGCAGACUCUACACAGCAGUCUUACUGAAGCCAUGGUCUCCAAAGAGCAGCUGGAGCGGAGAGUGAUGGAGCUCAUGGAGAUGUCCCAGCGCAGUAUGCCGGAUGAAACUCUGCAGGCCCAGGUUCAGGAACUUAUGAAUGAGAAAAAAGCUCUUCAGGUUCAAAACGAGACUCAAAAAGCCCAGAAUGAGAGCCUCCAAGCUCAGAUCUCCUCACAGGCCACCCAUGUGUCCCACAUUGAGGAGCUCCAGAAGCUUCUGGCUGAAAAGGAGCUGCAGAGGAAGAGUUUGGAGGAUGCUCUAAAUGCUGAGAGGAGCAGUGGGGCUGGUAGAGAAACUAACAUGCAGGCUUUGCACAAUGAGAACAUCUCACUGAAGACUGAAAUUCAGAAUCUGCAGGCACAGAUUGCUGAUCAGACGGCUUCCCAGCUGGCCUUGGACCAGAUCCAAAAGAGUGUCCGAGAGAAGGACGACAACAUUAAAACUGUUGAGGGACUGUUGGAGAAGGGGCUGAUUGAAGUGGCCAACAAGGAAGCUGAGUUGAAGAAUGUAAGAGAAGAGAAUGUGGCACUAAGAAAAGAAAACGAGGACCUUAAAAAAAACAAAGCAGAGCAGGUUUCGUCAGAGUCAAAAGUGGAAGAACUCCAACACAAGAUCCAAGAAAGGGAUGAGAAGCUGAAAACGUUGGAGGAGAGCUUCAAAGCAGCACAAGUCGGCAGCUCCACCAAAGACAAGAUGGUUAAGACUCUAGAGCAGCAGCUGUCUGCUGUUCGACUGGAGUUGGAGGAGCUGAAACGGCUCCAAUCACAGGCACAGAAAGAGAUGGCCACUUCUGGUACCGAGCUUCAAGACCUCCAGGCUCAGUUGGCGGCAAAGGACCAGGAAAUUCAGGUGCUUCAGGCUGAGCUAGAAGGGAAGACGAAGGACCUGAGUGAGAAGGUGGAGCAAAUACAACAGCAGCAAUCCAGCUCUGCAGCGCCAAGCCCUGAGCUUCUUGCAGCGUUGUCUGAGAAGGAGAAUCAGGUGCGCAGUCUGCAGAGUGAGCUGACAGAGUUGCGGGACUCAUUGGAGCUUCACAGAAAAAAGAACAACGAGCUUCGGGAGAAAAACUGGAGUGCAAUGGAGGCUCUGUCAGCCACCGAGUCCAUGCUUCAAGGAAAACUCAGCAAAGCUGUCAAGGAAGGUCAUGCUGCGCUGGCUGAAACUCAAGCUGAGUGUCGAGAUUUUCUGCACAGACUUCUUCCCCAUGUGCCUCUUCCUUCUGAACAGAACCAUCAGGAGUGGUUACAGAGAUUUGAGAGCGCAGCAGCAGAAAGCUUGGUUGGACAAUCUAGCCAAGCAUCAAGAGUGUCCGAGGAACUGGCUGAGAAACUGAAAGAAGCUGAGGAAAGCCAAAGGAUUCUACAGAAGGAUUGUGAGACGUACAAGAAGGUUUUGGCAGAGACGGAGGGUAUCCUGCAGCGCCUGCAAAGCAGCGUUGAGGAGGAGGAGUCUCGCUGGAAAGUGAAGCUGGAACAAUCGCAGGAGGACGUUAGAGAGUUGAGAAGAGAAAAGCAGCACUUGGAGUCGGAGCUGGAGAAAGCAGAGCGUGAGAGCGCCACCUAUGUGACAGAAGUGAGAGAGCUCAAAGAUCUGUUGACUGAAUUGCAGACCAGACUUGAUGGCUCAUACACAGAGGCUUUCAGACAGAAUGAGGAGCUGGCUGUGUUAAAAACCCAGCUAACUGAGACACUCUCCAAGUUGGAGGCAGAGGAGAAUGAAAGGCAAAGAGUAGCUGGUGACCUGUACAAGGCUCAGCAGUCCCUUGAUCUGAUCCAGGGUGAACUCUCCAAACUAACGGAAAACACUGAUGACCUGAUAGAGAACAGCAGCCUCUCAUCACAGAGGGAGGAGAUUGAGAAAAAGGAGAAAAUGACUGCAGGACUGAAUCAAACAGUGAGAGAAAUGCAGCAGCUGCUUCAGACAGUCAGCCAGCAGCUGGCUAAGGGACAACAGGGGGAGACUGACAAAGAUCAAGAGAAGGUAUAACGAGAGGAUGAAAGAGAAUAAAGUUGACUUCAAUACAGAGAAAACCUGCAAACUUCAGCCUUGUCACUACCGCACUGCAUCAUACCCCUAUUCCCUUCUCUCUCUCAAACCCUGUCAACUUCACCUGUACUGUAGAUGGCCUCUGUCUCACGCAGACUAAUGGGCUUGUAGACCCCUCCCAUACUGUCUACACAGAAGCAGGCAGAGGCUCUGUUUUAUUCCUAACACUCCAGGCACGGUACCAAAACUCCAGUACUUCACUCCAGCCACAUUCCUCCUCUUCUGCAGCUUCACCGAUUGAUUUUUCUCCUUUUUUUUUUUUUUUUUUUUUUUUUUAUUAUUCUAAACUUUAAAAAUGGUCCCGGCAUUAUUUAAACUGUGUGGCAACCAUUCCUCUGUUAUAAAUCCACCUGUAUAAUUUCCAGUGAUAUCUUGAAAACUUCAGUAGUGUUUUUGUUGUCUCAACAGGGCAGAGCUAAAAUGUCCAACCUUAACAAAACAAACCGUGGGUUUUUCCUUUCUUUUCCUUUUAACUUAAAGAUAUGUAUUGUUUAAAUGUACCACUUAGGACCUGCUGAAAUACACUGUUCUGUUGAUUUGCUCACUGACCAGAGAAACCAUCGUGAUAGCUCCAUGCAAAUGUUGGCUCAGAACUUCUCGGGAAAUGAAGGGAGUCUGUAGAGCUCUCAGCAUGUGAGAUGGGUCACUACGUGACUCUUAACCAUGGAGAUGAGUUUCUCCAUGUCCCGCCUUUACUGCAGCUCCACAGAGAAGGGAGUCUGCGGUACAAGAUCAGACACACUUAAGAGAUUUUUAAUCCUACUGCAACCACUUUAGAAAUGAGCAUCCCAUAUCGUGUGUAAUCAACACUUACUAUAUUGUGGCUGAGUCCAUUAACACUGAAGAUUUUGUUCUUUUUGUAAUGGGUGAUGUUAAUAAAAGGGAUGCUUAAUAAAUAUGUGCUCUCC